GAGCUGCCAAUGGCGGAGCUGCCUUUUCGCGCCCAGAGGCCUCUAUAAAGAGCGCUUUCGGUUUUGCUGAGCCCACGGGCGGGUGAGAGCGCUGUGCGAGGAGUGGCGAUGUCGGGACGCGGCAAGCAGGGCGGCAAGGCUCGCGCCAAGGCGAAGACGCGGUCUUCGCGCGCCGGGCUGCAGUUCCCGGUGGGGCGCGUGCACCGGCUGCUGCGCAAGGGCAACUACGCGGAGCGCGUGGGCGCGGGCGCGCCGGUGUACCUGGCGGCCGUGCUGGAGUACCUGACGGCCGAGAUCCUGGAGCUGGCGGGCAACGCGGCGCGCGACAACAAGAAGACGCGCAUCAUCCCGCGCCACCUGCAGCUGGCCAUCCGCAACGACGAGGAGCUCAACAAGCUGCUGGGCAAGGUGACGAUCGCGCAGGGCGGCGUGCUGCCCAACAUCCAGGCCGUGCUGCUGCCCAAGAAGACCGAGAGCCACCACAAGGCCAAGGGCAAAUAAGGGCUCCAAACCCGUCUCCGAAACCAAAGGCUCUUUUCAGAGCCACU